AUGAACCAGACAUCCAAUACAUCCUCUGUUCUACCAGCGCAGGCGCAUGGUGGCCUGUGGUUGACAUCUCUCUUGGGGGCCGUUUUGUUGGUCAUGUGCAUCCUGGGUGUGCUAGGGAACAUCUACACCCUGGUGGUGACUCAGUCAGCAGCAGUGCACCGGAGUGGUUCCAUGUAUAUCUACAUCGUAAACCUUGCACUGGCUGACCUGCUUUACCUCUGCACCAUCCCUUUUGUGGUGGGCACCUACCUUGCCCGGGACUGGCCGUUUGGGGAGACGGGCUGUCGGGUGCUGCUCAGCCUCGACUUGCUCACCAUGCAUGCCAGUGUCUUUGUACUGAGUGCCAUGAGCCUGGAGCGUUACCGUGCCGUCUCGCGCCCCUUCGUCGCACACCAUCCGUCGAUCCGCAGACACAGGGUGGUGGUGCUGGUCCUCUGGGGGGCCUCCUUCCUUCUCACUCUGCCUAUGAUGGUGAUGAUCCGCCUGUCGGAGGGCCGGCCUGGCCCCAGCAGUGGCCCCAAGCGUAUCUGCUUCCCCACCUGGACUCCAGAGGCUUUCAAGGCCUACCUGAGUGUGUUGUUCUGCACCAGUGUCCUGGGCCCAGGUAUGCUCAUUGUUAGUCUCUACACAGCGCUGCUGAGGAACUACUGGGUGGCUCAGGCCAACCUGGGGAGCAGCAGUAGGCCGGCCCGCCGCAGGGGAAUAAUGCAAAAGGUGGUCUCCAUGAUCUUCUGCAUCAUCCUGACUUACUGGGCUUGCUUCCUGCCCUUCUGGGUCUGGCAGCUAGCCAAACUUUUCUCCCCAGGCAUGCUCCGUGCAAUAUCCCCGGCUGCCCACACCUAUGUCAACUUCUUUGUCACCUGUCUCACCUAUGGCAACAGCUGUGUGAACCCACUGCUAUACACGCUGCUGACCCGCAACUACAAGGACUACUUGUUACAGAAGGGUCAGUCAUCUGGUUCGACCCGGGUGGAUAUGGGGGGCAUGUGGGGUGGAGAGUCAGUUGAGCUGGAGGGCAGGGAAGAAGAAGAAGAGGGGGCGGGGUAA